UCCAGCGCGAUGCAAAUAGCUUGAGUCUACCAACGCAGCGCCUGAACCAACAUUUCCUUGCUGAUGGGCGCUUACAAAGCAGCCAUUGCUGGGCUGCUCUUGAGGCUUUGCCAUGGGUGUACGAAUCUGAUUGUUUCGCCUGGAGCGUCAGCAGAUGGCUCCACGCUCUUUUCCUACACGGCGGAUUCUGGUAGCCUGUAUGGCACCUUGGGGCACUACCCGGCUGGAAAGCACCAGCCUGGUGAGAAGCGACAGAUUUGGGACUGGGACUCUGGGAAAUACCUGGGUGAAAUUGACGAGGUGCCCUACACCUACAACGUGAUCGGCAACCUCAACGAGCACGGCCUAGCCAUUGGCGAGACGACCUUUGGAGGCAAUGAGACCUUGCACGGAGGCACUGGGGUCAUGGAUUAUGGGAACCUCAUCUGGAUCACUCUGCAGCGCUCCAAGACGGCGCGCGAAGCCAUCCUGACCUUUGACCAGUUGGUCAAGGAGUACGGCUACGUUUCAGAGGGCGAGUCCUUCACCAUUGCCGAUCCGCAUGAGGUCUGGAUCUUGGAGAUGAUCGGCAAGGGUCACGUGGAGAAGGGCGCCGUGUGGGUGGCCGUUCGCGUUCCAGAUGGACAUGUCAGCGGACACGCCAACCAGGCGAGAAUCCAGCAGUUUCCUCUGCAUGAUGCUGACCACUGUGUCUACUCCUCGGAUGUCAUCAGCUUUGCAGAGAAAGUUGGGCUCUGGGAUCCGCAGCGACCACAAGAGGAAUUCAGUUUCGCGGACACCUAUGAUCCCAUUAGCUUCACAGGUGCCCGUCUCAGCGAUGCCCGCGUGUGGUCCUUUCUGUCUGCCGUGGCUGCUGAUCGCAGCUUUGAAAAGUCUUACGAAAGCUACGUGCUGGGCCACAAUGUAUCUGCCAGAGCGCGCAUGCCAUUGUCCAUUCCAAGUGGGGUGAAGAUCUCGCAGGUGGAUUUGAUGUCCCACAUGCGUAACCACUAUGAAGGCACCGCAUUGGAUUCUCGCUACGAUGUUGGUGCAGGAGAUUCCAGUUCUCCCUUCCGUGUGCGCCCCUUGGUGUGGAGUGAUGGCGACCAACAAUACGUGCACGAGCGCAAUGUGGGUACCCAGCAGGCUGGCUGGAACUUUGUGGCACAGCUGCGUUCCUGGUUGCCGGGGCCCAUUGGUGGCAUCCUGUGGUUCGGCGUGGAUGACGCCAGUUUCUCAGUCCAUGCGCCCUUCCAUGGUGGCAACACACGUGUGCCGCGAUCCUAUGCUGAUGGAGUAGGAGAUGCCUUGCACUACUCGCAGGACUCGGCCUUUUGGGCUUUCAACACCGUGGCAAACUUUCUGUACCCCAGGUGGUUUGCAGCGGAGGAGGUGAUGGCCAGCGCCCGAAAGGCGGAGGAAACCUUUGUUCAGCAGCUGAGGGCGGAGGAGCUUGCAGCGGGCGCCCUCUACAAAACGAACCCGGCCAAAGCGAUUGAAUUGUUGACGGCCCGUGAUGCAUCGAGAGCUAAUCAAGUGGUAAAGGAUGAGUUUGCCCUCUUUGGCCAGCUGAUGGUGACCCACCGAGAUGGCUUCCAUAUCUCUUCGCUGGGGCCGCAUGCGCCAAAUCAUGGUGGUGCUCAGGGAGGUGUUGUUCCCAAGGUUGAAGAAGUGGGCUAUUCUACAAAGUGGUACGACCGCAUCGUUAAGGACACAGGCGAUCAUUACAAGAUGUCCACGUCUCCGACGUCUCCGCUAGAUGCCGCCAAACUGCGAACACUCUCCAAAGGUACCUGGGUUGACUCCAGCACGCACGAGGUAAUCGUCUGACCUUGAGAUGUACAUAGCCUGAUCAGAUGGCCUGAAGGUUGCCCAGCUGAGUGAGAAGACUUGACAAAACAACUGAUUCCCAUUGAGGGGUGUGGG